AUGAGCUAUAAGAAGAAGCUGCACAAGAUUGAUCCAAAACCAUGUACGCCUCGAUCCAUGCAGCAAGAAAAACCAAAACCAAAAGAAGGUGGAUGGGGAAAGAGUUCACAAAACCAGAGCAGCAAUAAAUCAAAGAAGGUAUUUGUUGGUGGAAUUCCUCACAACUGUAGUGAGUCAGAACUCAGGGAUUACUUCAAAAGGUUUGGAGUGGUCUCUGAAGUGGUAAUGAUCUAUGAUGCCGAGAAGCAGAGGCCCCGAGGUUUUGGAUUUAUUACUUUCGAGGACGAGCAAUCAGUGGACCAGGCUGUCAACAUGCAUUAUCACGACAUCAUGGGCAAAAAAGUUGAAGUGAAACGUGCAGAGCCUCGUGACAGUAAAGGUCCAGGGCCUGGCCAGCCAGGAGCACCACAGUGGGGCAGGAGUUUGCCAAAUGCAGCUAAUGGCUGGGGAGGUCAGCCCUCACAAGGCUGGCAGCAACAGACCUAUGGUAGUCCACAAGGUAUGUGGAUGGCACCUGGUCAGCCAAUGGGUGGGUAUGGUCCGCCACCACCUCCAGGAGGGAGGGGUGCCCCUCCGCAGCCUCCCCACUUUAAUCCCUAUGUAGUUCCACAGCCACCUCCAGGAGGAUUUGCACCACCUCAGGGAUUUGGACAAGGUUUUGGUGCUCCUCCGCAAUAUGGUAUGUUUUUAACAUUGCAUUUCCACCAAACCAGAGAAAAUGAACAAUUAAAUAGAUCAUACCAUCAGGUUUUGAGUUAGAGGCGUUGAGAAACACACUUGCCUGUAACAUGCAAACAUUGCAAAAAUAUUAGGGCAUCUGAUCAAAGCAAUAUUUUUGUUGACAUUACAUAUUGCAUUAUAUUGUGUAUGAUGAAUACAUUUGUUUAAUUUUUCAACGUAAUAUAAAUUGAGAUGGGAGUGCUUUUUACAAUGCAUAUUAAUGUAAUAGGUAUCCACUAUCUGCCGAAAGUGGUUUUUCAUCACAAAGAUAAUGGUUAUACCAUAUUGAUGCAGCAAUGAAGCAAUCAGUUUAAAACUAUGAUAAAGCAAUCUGGUGGCGAGUCCGGGAAGUAUUUUGUAACGGUGCAAAGAGGGAAAUUGCAUUACAUUAGGCAACUGACACCAUGUUCAGAACAACUGAUUAGAACAUGAUGACCAGCUCUAUCAACUUCCUUUUCAUCUACAGUAAGUUAGUAAGGCUUACAGGUAGGCAUUUUCACACUUGUAUUAAAAGUCUUCACACUUUCUUUUAUUUAGAUCUUGACUAACAAUUUCAGAAUUGUGAAAUCAUUUACUUGCUUUUUAGUACUGGCUUUUUGUACCCUAACAGUGCAGCCUGUAGAAGCCUUGCUUUUGUAUCUUCAAAUGUAUAUUUUUAAAAAUCUGUGAAAAAUUUAGCACUUUCUGUCAGAAUGUCUGGUGUGGUUUCUGCAUUGCUGUUCUUACUGACCUUUUUUUAUUGAACAAAGGUCCAUUAAAGAACCAAGCUGGAUUGCACUUUGUGCUUGGCAGUGUAUCUGCUGAGCUUGAUCUGUGGUUUUCUGUGGUUAUCUUUAAUUGAUGGUCCAUUCAAUUUGACCAUAUAAAUGUUCUUGCAGGUUUUUUUUUCCCAUCAAAAAAGGUAAUAUCAUUCCUGAUCCCAUAUGGCAUUAAACAUGCUGUGUUUUUUUGUUUUGAGCAGAGAGCCAAGUGAACAGCACAGUACUGAAUUUGUGACUGAUUGAUUGCUUUCCAGAUGUCAAUUUUACAAGCAGUCAAGAGUAAACAGCUGGGUCCAUGUAGCACAGCAGGAUUCAUGUAUUGCAUACACAUUUGUACACCUCAGUAUGGCAUAUGCCCAAAAAAAAGGUUUUGUUCCUGGCCUUGCCUCGUGUUUUUCUUUUGUUCAUAAUGAGUAAUGUUCUUGUCCCAUUGUGACA